AUGCGCGAUUUAUCGCCAUCGAGCUCGGGUGGUAGAGCUUGGACUGCCUUCGUUGAGCGCUGGAACACGGAUACCUACGUGGCGGGCUUUCGCGGACCCGAGCCAAAAACUGUGUUUCUUCGACCAUCCAAAUACAAAUCCAAGGCGCUUUAA